UCUCUCAUCCAAUUUCCAAGAUGGGGAAGUCCCUGAUGUAUCUUUUGCAGACUGAUGAGAAGCCAAACAGAAGGAGAAAUCUAUUUGAGGAAGCAAAAAAGCUGGACAUCUUGGUGAAAGACAAGAAUGGAGAAGCAUACAUGGUUCCAAAUACAGCAUUCGAUGUGGGGAUGUUGGACCUGACACACCCGCUCACUGCAGGUUGGUUCAAGCAGAUUUUACAAGAAAUGGUGGAUGAUGGAGUCAGAGGAUGGAUGGCUGAUUUUGGUGAAGGCCUGCCAAUGGAUGCCACACUCUACUCAGGUGAAGAUCCUAUUUCAGCACACAACAGAUAUGCAGAGCUAUGGGCACAAAUAAACCGUGAAUUUGUGGAAGAAUGGAAAAUUAACAGUGUUGGGAAAGAGAAAGAAGAUCCAGAGGAGACCUUGGUCUUCUUUAUGAGGGCUGGUUUCAGGGAUAGUCCUAAAUGGGGGAUGCUGUUUUGGGAAGGAGACCAGAUGGUUAGUUGGCAAGCUAAUGAUGGUAUAAAGAGUGCUGUCAUAGGCCUACUGAGCAGUGGUCUUUCUGGAUAUGCUUUUAACCACAGCGAUAUUGGAGGCUACUGUGCCAUAAACUUCCCUAUAAUCAAGUAUCGACGAAGUGAAGAGCUGCUCUUAAGAUGGAUGGAGCUAAAUGCAUUCACCAUUGUGUUCCGGACACAUGAGGGAAAUAAACCAUCUUGCAACACCCAGUUUUACUCAAAUGAUAAAACACUGACACAUUUUGCACGGUUUGCUAAAGUGUAUAAAGCAUGGAAGUUCUACAGAAUCCAGCUAGUAAAGGAAGCUGCUGAAAAUGGCCUGCCUGUAUGCCGGCACCUAUUUCUUCACUAUCCAGAUGAUGAUAAGGUGCAUAGGUUGAGUUACCAGCAGUUCUUGUUGGGUACUGAGAUCCUAGUAGUACCAGUGCUUGACAAGGGCAAGAAGGAUGUCAAAGCCUAUUUCCCAACAGGAGAAACUUGUCCCUGGCAACAUAUCUGGACAGGAAGGCUGUACAAGAAACCGGGUUGUGAAGUGUGGGUAGAAGCUCCACUGGGUUAUCCUGCUGUCUUUGUCAAGGUUGGCUCCAUUGUAGGAGAAACUUUCCUGGAAAACCUCAGAAACCUUAACAUUCUUUGAUAAGUGAAAAUCGUAGAGAUCACAUGACCUGAUCGAAGAACAGUUUUCUAUUCUGAAAUCAAAGGGAUUCGUAAUU